CAGCGUGUUCCUGCAGAAGGUUACUGGUUCUACUCCCUCCCUGAGGAGACAUGGUGUUUUGUGACGUCAUCUCUUCCGCCCAGCUUCUUCUCCUCCUCCCUCGUCGGGUCGAGCGGCUCAGCAGAGAGAAAAUCCAACAUGGAGUAAUAGGAGAUGGGGCUCAGAUGGGGCCACCGCCAGAAAACAGCAGCAUGCGUUAUCGUACCGCUACGGGCCUUUCGUAGCAGAACUCGCACUGACCAAGAGAAAGAGAAUAAAAAGGCACGGACAAUCGGUUAGGAUUUAUAUCGAACUGGAUUCCACAUUUCUCCCACUCUACAGAUAAAAAGGCAAAGGAAACCAUCAAAACAAUGUGAAAAAAUGAAGCGAGCGAAGAAUACCCGCGGUGGGAUAAUAUAGGUGCAAAAAAGAGGAAAAUGAGCGAAGAAACACAUCCUGACGAUGACAGCUACAUUGCCCGUGUUAAAGCAGUGGUUAUGACCCGUGAUGACUCAAGUGGAGGAUGGCUUUCACAAGAAGGAGGUGGCCUUAGUCGAGUAGGAGUCUGUAAAGUCACUCAGUCAGAUAACAAUGGAAAAAGUGAUUUCCUUAUUCAUGGGGAGAGGCUGAAAGACAAACAGGUGGUGCUUGAAUGUUUCUUAAAAAAAGAUUUGAUAUACACCAAGGCCACACCCACAUUUCAUCACUGGAUAAUUGACAGUAAAAGGUUUGGGCUCACUUUCCAGAGUCCUGCUGAUGCACGUGCAUUUGACAGAGGUGUAAGAAAAGCAAUAGAAGACUUGACAGAAGGUUCUACAACUUCCUCUUCAACAAUACAAAAUGAAGCUGAAUUAGGUGAUGAUGAUGUGUUUACGGCUGCUACAGAUAGUUCAUCAAACUCUUCUCAGAAGAAGGAGCUGUCAGUGCAGGCACUAGCCCCCUCUUCUUUCUGUGAACCACGACGACACCGCUGUAUUCUCGGCCACAGGCAUGACCAUUACCCACUGCCUGACCACUACCUUCUUGAACAGUCUGUGUCUACACUACAGCAUCACGAUAAUUUUCAAGAUGAUAAUGAGGAAGUUGUUCGAAUCAAUCCUCGUGAAAAAACUUGGAUGACUGGUUAUGAGGAUUAUAGGCAUGCUGCUGCACGUGAGAAAUGUCUUGAUAUCGAAGAUGUGGACUCCUAUGUACAGUUUGCCAAAAGUGACGUCUCAAAACAUGAUUACAAUUACCCUUAUGUUCCAAACUGUGACUUUAGCUUCAGCAAAGAGCUGAAAAGCAGUGGCAGCUGUAUUAUUAAUGCUCAGCCUGUGUCUCAGAAGUCGAAAUCAAAGAGAAGGAAGGAGGAUGGGGAGAGAUCAAGAUGCAUAUACUGCAGGGACAUGUUUAAUCUUGAGGAGAAUGGACGUGGACAGUGCCAAGAUGCUCCAGACCCUAUUCGCACCUGCAUCCAGCGGGUCAGUUGUAUGUGGUGUGCAGAUACUCUGCUUUAUCACUGCAUGUCUGACCCUGAAGGGGACUACUCAGAUCCUUGCUCUUGUGACACUAGUGAUGAAAGGUUCUGUCUUCGGUGGUUAGCUCUUAUAACUUUGUCCUUGUUGGCUCCCUGUAUGUGCUGUUAUCCACCACUACGUGCAUGCUACCACUGUGGAGUCCUUUGCAGGUGCUGUGGUGGAAAACACAAAGCAGUGGGAUGAAUUAUUGGGGAGGGGGGUUCCUUUUCAAAUUCCAGUACAUUGAAGCACAUUGGCCCUAAGAAUAUUUUGGAGAUAACUAUCUUUGCCUUACUCUCUGUUGGAGGAAAUUGCCCAUGGUGCCAUCAUGCAGUUUAUAUAUAUAUAUAUAUAUAUAUAUAUAUAUAUAUAUAUAUAUAUAUAUAUAUAUAUAUAUAUAUAUAUAUAAUGAGUAUAUAAAUUGUUCAGUCAUUUUUAAAGACUAACCAGUCAUAAUUCAUUUAUAGAAAUAUGUAAAAGGGGAGAAUGUCUUGUACUUAAUGUUUUGACAUUUCUUUUAAGAGCUUGGACUUUUUAUUAGUGGUGCAUUUUUGAGGAUCUUGUUAAAACAUUUUGAUGUAUUAAUUGGCCCUUAUAUUUGUAUCUGUCUCUCACUUCCUCCUUUUUUUUUUCUCCUCAUAAAAAAGGCACUUAAAUUGGACUGCUAGAAAUAUUUCUUAUUUGCUGUUUAGUUCACCUGAAAUAUUUAACCUGUGUUUGAGUGGAUAUUGUGCAUUUAUUCAGUUAUUUUUUAAUAACAAAAGGUUUUGGAAAACAACCUCAUAUUGUUUCUAUUUGGAAGCAAAAAUCAUAAGCUGUAUCUUGUAUAUGUGUAUGUAUAUAUAGUAUCACUACCAUUUAUUUCCUUUUAAUGGCUGCCACUGUCAUUCUCUCCAAUUAAAAAUAGUGUAUAAUCUGAUUUAUUAGAAACAUUUCACUUCCAAAGAUGCUGGACAGUUUUCCUUAAGCUGGUAAACUUAAAUGUCAACCAAAGUGGAAUAGAACAAUUGAGAUUGAUAGAAACAAAAAACUGUUUUAAAUAGCGCACAGAGAGAGAAAGACUGAUAAGAAGGGUCAUAAUAUAAUCAGCCCUAAUUAUAAUUUUUUUUUGUAAACAUACUUUUAUUUUGCAUAAGUGUAGUCUUAGAAUCAAGUCUAGCAGUCCUUUUUCACCUGUUUGUAGCCAUUGCAGCCUGCCUGAUGAUUGAAACUACAUUGUAGUAAUUAAAUGCUUUCAAAAACUUGUGAUGGUUUGGUACACAACUUUGAAAAGGUGCUCGGAUAGCUUGCAGAGCGAUUGUGAACUAUACAGCUACACCGAUAUGUGUACUUGUAUGUUUUACAUUUGGAGUUAUUGAAUUAGUUAAUUUUAAAAUGUCUAUAAAAUGUUAAUUGAUUUGUUUGGAUUUGCUUAUUUAUGGAGCAGUCACUGUUUUUUUCCAGGUAAUGUCCAUGUUAUGAGAUGUGUGUUUUUGUGUGCAAGGGCAGCUUUGACUAGUCCAUAAGAGAGCUACAGAUAUACAUAUACCCUUGUUCAAAGGUUGUAAUUAGCUAGAAGAAUAUUUUUAUAACAUUUUACAAUAUCCAAAUAAUUUUUAAUAAAAAGUUAGUUUUUAUCUUUAAUAGCAUAGUACAAUCUAAAUAAUGAGGCAGCUAAGAAAAGUCUGGCAGAGCCAACAGUGCUGGUCCUGCCUUAUUUGCUUUUGUGUAGUAAAAUUGCCAGUGGUAUUGUACCUUCUCCAUGUUCACAGCCAAACAUUCAGACACACUAAUAUCUGUGUGAAUGCUGUACAGAUCAUUUUUUAAAAACGCAUCAUAGUUGGUUACAUCAUUUUGUUGUUUUAAGUCUUUUUUUUCUCCUAUCAUAUUUAAAUACUACUUGCAACCACAUUGUGAUUGUUUUUACCUUCAGUUAUUUUACUAACUCUGGUCAUGUUAUUUUAAAUAGUGAACACAACAGAGAAAGGUUUAAAUUCAGUCAUAACUUCUCUUAUAGUCAUUAUGUGAUAGUGUAUUUUUGUGUAUCUGCAAGUUUACAGUUGAAUGAGUAUGUGCGCGUGAACAUGGUUUUUAUAUAUUUAUAUACUGAGACACACAAAUAUAUAAUAUAUAUAAAGGUGUCUUUAUGCAUAUAUAGAGUCUUAUGCCAAAUGAGCAUCCAGAACGAUCAUUUGAGUGGCUUAUAUUUGUAUUUUACUGUACAAGAAUAUACCCAUCUAGAUUAAAUAUUACAGGAACGUCCAGUCAUUUUUAACUUACCGUAUUUAAGGCAAAAAAUCAUUGUGGAAUCUUCCAGGAAUUUAGUUUUAAUGGAACAAAUAGUUUAUCAUUAGCUAAUGCUGAAAUUGCAAGAAUCUGAAAGAUCCUGAGUAGUUUUUGGUUUGUUCAAUCUAUAUUCUCACCUGUCAGCCACCUUUAGUUAAUUUUAUUUCAUCAAUCACUGUUUUAAUUAGAUAAUUCAUAUUUUCGAGUGAAAAUGUAUUCCUUUUGUCUCUUGCAAUUUUUAAACAAGCAAGUAUUUGUUGGUUACUGAAGUCACCAUUUUUCUUUUUUUUUUUUUUUUUUUUGGCAGGAUGCCCCUCAGUGUAUUAUUUGUACUUAUGGGCAUAUAAACAGAAUAUUUUAGUGCCUGAUCACAAUGGGAAUCAAAUUUAGUUAAAUGCUCCAGCCUAAGUUUUUCUCACCGUAUUACCUUACUGGGGGAGAAAAUUUAUUUAUAUAUAUACACACACACACACACACACACUCGUGCAUGGGUGGGCAAAAGUAUGUUUACAGUUGUGAGUACACGAGGCCAACAACUUGAAUGCUUACAAGAUUGUACCUAAGUGCACUGUACCAUUGUGACAUUCUUUUGAGUUAAUAAAACUAUUGAGCUAAUAAAUCUAUUGUAAUAAAUACGACCUGCAUGUCUUUUUCCAUACAAACAAAUGUAAACGUACAUUUGUCCACACCUGUGUAUAUAUAAUUUUUUUAAUGGCCACAAUGGUUUACAGAUGCAAGAAAAGCACAACACUACAUAGAAGAAAUAUUUUUUAAUUGCUUAAGACAUGGUCAGGUGCCCCAAACUUUGUUGUAAUGCACUGAAGAUCUUGAGGUCCCAAUGAAAAUCUUCUUGUAAAUCCAAGUUCUUACCACAUUUACAUCUGGGGAGUGAUAUUAGGACCAGCUGAACAAUUUUGUACAUAGUUUUAUUGUUUUACUUAGUUUAAAAAAAUCAGCAGUGUUUACUGUUGCUCUUGAUCAACUCUUGCAAUACUUGCCAGCCUUUGAUGGAGGAUAAUGAGAGUUUUAUUUUUGUAUCUGUGGUAAGAAAGUAAUCUAAAAUGUUUUCAUUUGUUUCGGUGCACAGUCUUUUGCUAAUGCACACUUUUAAAGUAUGAAAAGUGCCUGAAGCAAACAUUAUUUCCUUAUGUACUAAAAGAAAUAAAAUCAACCCUGUUGUAUUGA